AUGGGCAACAGCAAAAGUGUCUCCCUGUCCAAGGAUCUCCUAGAGGAGCUGAAAUUGAACACCAAGUACAGCGAGGAGCAGCUAUGUACCGGGUACCAGACCUUCCUGAGAGAGUGUCCCAGUGGGCGAAUCAGCAAGCAGCAGUUUGAGGCCAUCUACAUCAAAUUCUUCCCCGACGCAGACCCCAAGGCUUAUGCACGCCACGUCUUCAGGAGCUUCGAUUCCAACAGUGAUGGGAUGCUGGACUUUAAGGAGUACAUCAUGGCCCUGCACUUGACCUCCUCUGGGAGGACCAUACAGAAACUGGAGUGGGCGUUCAACCUGUACGACUUCGACCACAACGGAAGCAUAACUAAGAAGGAGAUCCAGGAGAUGGUUGAGUUGAUAUUCAACAUGAUCUCCAAAGAGGACAAGAAGAAUCUUCCUGAUGAUGAGAACACACCAGAGAAGAGAGCUGAUAAAAUCUGGGAUUUCUUCGGCAAGAAAGAAAAUGGGAAGCCUUGUUUUCAUGUUUAGGAACCACUCAAAGAAUAGUUCAAGAAAAUCGUACAUAUAUUGUAUAUUGUAUUUUGAUGAAUGCAUUUUGAGCUUAUGUGCAAUGAGCAUUGUAAAUCUAUCUAUUAUUGUAUCUGUUAUAUGUUCUGUCCUUUCAGAUAAGCUAACAGAGGAGGAGUUUAUCCAGGGAGUGAUGGACAACAAGAACAUCCUCAGACUGGUGCAGUUUGACCAGCCACAGAAGGUACAGGAGAGACUGAAUGAGAUGAAACAUUAGCUGCUGACUACUCCAUCUUUUUAACGUUUUUUUCACUUCAACUUUAUAUUUCCACGUUAGUCUCACUGGGACAAAAUAUUCACAUCAAGAGAGACCUGAAGCUUGCAAUUUUUGCUGUUAAGUUUGUAACAGCACUUGUUCAAGUGUGCCGUUGGAACGGCACGUUUAUGUGGUAUCUUUUGUGUCAUUACCGUAUAUACAUUUUUAUUAUUGUCACGCCCUGGCCUUAGUUAUCUUUGUUCUCUUUAUUAUUUUUGUUAGGUCAGGGUGUGACGAGGGUGGUUUGUGUGUUUUUGUCUUGUCUAGGGUGUUUGUACUGUCUAGGUUUUUUUUGUAGAGUUAUGGGGUUGUGUUCAUUAUAGGUGUUUAUGUAAGUCUAUGGUUGCCUAGAUUGGUUCUCAAUUUGAGGCAGGUGUUUAUCGUUGUCUCUGAUAUGGAACCAUAUUUAGGCAGCCAUGUUCUUUGGGUAUUUUGUGGGUGAUUGUUUCCUGUGUCAGUGUUUGUGCCACACGGGACUGUUACGGUUUGUUCACGUUUAUUGUUUUGUAUUGGUGUUCAUAGUUCAGUUUUCUAUAUUAAAAC